GAGUCGCUUUCUCUCUCUCUCUAAAAAAACAACAAAAUGGAAAGAGAAAGCGUUCAACAGAUCUCAACUGAUUUAAAAAGGUGACCUCUUCUUCACACGUGAUUCGAGCGAUUUCUCUUCCUCUUCUUCUUCUUCUUCUCCAUUUUGUAUUCCACUUAAUAAUAAUUUGUCAUUUAAACCCCUCUCUCUAUCAUUGCCUGCCCUCCACCUUCCUCUAUAUAAAUCAUUGCCUCUUGCUUUUAAUUGUUACUCAAAAUCCCAAUCCCACUCUGCUUACACCAGUUUUUGGCUUAUCUUCUUCUUCACUGUUAUUUGACACUCAAACUCUCUGUUUCUUCUAAAAUCUUCUCUGCUUGCUUAAAAAUAGUAGUGUUCUUUUCACAAAACCAGUUGUGUAUCAUUGAGAGAGAAAUGAAAGAGAAUGGAAUAACUGUAAGAAAGUACGAUUCAGAGAAAGAUUUUAUAGGAGUAGAAAAGGUAGAAAGAAGAUGUGAAGUUGGUCCAAGUGGUAAAAUGUCUCUCUUCACUGAUAUGUUAGGUGACCCCAUUUGCAGAGUUCGCCAUUCUCCUGCUUCCCUCAUGCUGGUUGCUGAAAUUGGUGAAGAAGAAGAGAAAGAAAUCGUGGGUCUAAUCAGAGGUUGUGUCAAAACCGUUACAUGUGGAAAGAAGUUAUCCAGAAAUGGAAAAAAUGAAAAUUCUUCUUCUCAUUCUAAUCAACAUCACCACAAAACCCUUCCUAUCUAUACUAAAGUUGCCUACGUCCUAGGCCUCCGUGUUUCUCCUUCUCACAGGAGAUUGGGUAUCGGACAAAAAUUGAUUUCAGAGAUAGAAAACUGGUUUAGAGAAAUGGGAGGAGAGUAUUCAUACAUGGCGACUGAUAAAGAUAACGAAGCAUCAGUGAGAUUAUUUACAGAGAAAUGUGGAUAUACUAAAUUCCGGACUCCAUCAAUAUUAGUUCAACCUGUUUUCGCGCACCGAGUUAAGAUAUCUAAACGAGUUAAAAUAUUUCAACUCACUCCUUCUGAUGCUGAAAUUCUCUAUCGACAUCGGUUUUCCACUAUUGAGUUCUUUCCUCGUGAUGUUGACUCGGUUUUGAAUAAUAAACUCAGUUUGGGUACUUUUGUUGCCGUGUUAACUGAUUCUGAUUCGUACGUUUUAGAUGUGAAUCAGUUUUUAUCAACACCACCCGAGUCAUGGGCUGUUUUAAGUGUUUGGAAUUGCAAAGAAGUUUUCACUCUGGAAGUCAGGGGUGCGUCGAAAAUUCGUCGCGGGCUCGCCAAAACUACGCGGUUGAUGGACCGUGCAUUCCCUUGGCUGCGCAUACCGUCCAUUCCGGAGGUGUUUAAACCAUUUGGGUUGCAUUUCUUGUAUGGAAUCGGUGGAGAAGGAAGUGAGUCUGCCAAAUUGACGAAAUCACUGUGUGGUUUUGCACAUAAUUUGGCUAAAGAGAACGGGUGUGGUGUAGUUGCAACCGAGAUAGCAAGCUGCGAACCGGUUAAAAGCGGCAUUCCUCACUGGAAUAGCCUGUCGUGCCCUGAGGACCUUUGGUGCAUAAAGAGAUUUCGAGAGGACUAUAGUGAUGGGUCAGUUGGUGACUGGGCUAAAUCUAAACCUGGUCUCUCUAUUUUUGUGGAUCCAAGAGAAUUUUGAGUAGCAAAUAUUAUGAAAGAAAGAAAGAUAGAUUUUUCUUUUGUUUUUUUGGCUUUUGAGAGUUGAGAUGGAAAUCCAAUUCUCUUUGUAAAUACACCAAUUUUUGUUUGGGGUGUUGUUAUAUGGUCUGUGUGUUUUUUUUUUCUGUUUUUUUAGGCUUGUUUUGGUGUAAGUGUAACUGUUAUGUGGCGAGAUUGAAAUCAAGAAUAUUGGUCUUUAACA